ACCCAGCAGCCAUCCUCUAUGACCAGAGGAACGUGGGCGUGUGGCAGUGAGGAGCCCGGCUCUUGCAGCAGAGCGGACUCCUGGGGAGGAAGAGGAGGAGGAAGGGGGGUGCCAGGGUUAUACAUCCUGCUGGGGACAGGUGGUAAACCCCAGGAUGCUGCAGGAGAGUCCCCUCGGCAGCGCAGGGAGAGGAACCUGCUCUGCCUCCCUGCAAUGAGCUCACCUGCAGCCCAAGGUGCUGGGAUUCCCAUGGUGAUCCCCGGUGGCUGCAGCCUGGAGCUUGGUUCCCAGCUUGGGAUGGUUGGGAAGGUCUCACCAGCUGCCCUGGGAUAGCGGGUACAAAGCACAGCUUGCCCUGGCAUAGGGCAGAGGAAGCUGGAGGAAGAACCAGGUCCAUGCAGCAGAACUCCCCCAAAUGCUCUCAGCUGUCCCAAGUACCACCUCUGCCUCCUGGCAUUUGAUAUCGGUGGCUGGACCAGCCGACAACCUGAGCACCAGAGCAGCCCUGCCUCCUCCUCUCCUGAUGUUUCUCUUUCCCUUCCUUGUGGCUUUCUGCACUGUUUUUCCCCCUCUGCAAUCUUAUGUCUUUCUUUUCCCACUUCCGUAGCUACAAACACCCACAUGCAUUAUCUCCUUCCCCCGUCCCAUCCUGAAACCUAUUUAUACAGAGCCUGGCUCCUGCCCAGCCCGCCAGAGAGCACUGGAGGAGUGGGACAGGGCUGGCAGUGCCCGCAGCCCAACAUGCUCUUGUUUGAGCACCGGCUGGCUGAAAGAGGAUGCUUGCUGCUCUGGUUGCUCCCAUUCGUUCUCAGAGCCCAGUCUAGCGGGGAGGUGAGGCUCAGACCCGCACUGUGCCAGCAGAGCCCCACAAAGGUGUCUUGCAAAGGAGUUGGCUUGCACAAGCUUCCAAAGGAGCUUGGCCAAGGGGUGAAGUACCUUGAGCUCUCCAACAACUUCAUCCAAAACCUGUCAGGCAGCUCCAUGCCGGGGUUUGAGCAGCUCGAGUACCUGGACCUGGGCUUCAACCAGCUGGAAGCCGUGUCAGCCACAGCCCUGGCUCAGCUGCCCCAGCUGCGCUCUCUGCUCCUGGGAUCAAACCACCUCGACCGCAAUUACCUCGCCAAUGGACGAGCCUUUCGUCUGCUCAGGAAUAUGGAGGUUCUGGACCUGUCGGCAAACAACCUGGACAGCCACAUGGCAGGCUGGUACAUCCGCAACCUCACCAGGCUGAGGGUGCUGGACCUCUCCAGGAACAAGAUGACCAGGCUGCAGGCGGGGAUCUUCUGGAGCACGCCACGGCUGCGUGAGCUCCACCUCAGCAAUAACUACAUCAUGGAAAUAGAGGAGGGAGUCUUUGAGGCUCUGGAAGAGCUGGAGGUGGUGAACUUGGCUUUGAAUUCCCUCUACUGUAUCUCUGGCUUCAGCCUCACGCAGCUGCGAGUUUUAAAUCUCAGCCACAACGCCCUGGAGCUGUUCGCCUCGGAGGAGGCAGCGGAGCCCUACCUGCUUCAAGUGCUCGACUUGAGCCAUAACAGACUGCUCUACUUUCCAGAGCUCCCCAAAGUCCAUUAUCUCACACACUUAAACCUCUCCAACAACCUUAUUGCUUCCCUGAUCCCAGGCUCACGCCACCCGGGGGAGUUUGUACUGCACUACAAGGAGAUGGCGAGGUUUAACAGGACCUUGCACACUGUGUCUGCUCUGACCCAUGUGGCUGACUUGGAUCUCAGCUAUAACCAGCUGCAGCUCUUCCCAUUUACCUUCUUCCACAGCCUAGGCUCUCUGCAUCACCUAAGCCUGGCUAUGAACUGUCUCCAGGAUGUGGCCGGAGAGUUACUCACCAGCAGCAUGGAUCCCAGUGACCACUCACCAGCACCACUGGAGCACGUUGCCCUGUCUGUGCGCUCGCUGGACCUCCAUGGCAAUGCCUUCCGCAUGCUGCCACCCUGGUUCUUUGGUUCUCUGCCUCAGCUAGAAACAAUCAACCUGGGCUUCAACAGCCUCCAGCCUUGUGAGAGCCAGGGGGGGAAUGCAGGAGGCACCUGCACCCCCUUCUACAACCUGCCUCGCUUGAAGCAUCUGAGUCUUUAUAGGAACAACAUCACCAGGCUGCAGCCCUAUGCCUUCAACCAGACCUCACUACUCUCCCUAGACCUGUCGGGGAACAAGGACUUGUUCAUGCCUAAGGAGGCCCUGGCAGGGUUGGAGCUCUCCCUGCAGAAACUCUCUCUCAGGGACAACCAGAUGGACAACGGCAAAGCAGAGCUCCCCUGCCUGGGCAAGCUCAAAGUCUUGGAUCUCUCAGGCAACAACCUGAGCCUUUUGCCCGCAGGUCUUUUCUGCUCCCCGCUGGAAAGCCUGGACGUUCGCAAUAACCGGCUGCUGAUGUUGGAAAAGCCGGCGCUCAUGAGCUGGUCCCGCAGCCUGAAGGACAUGUCCAUCGCUGGAAACCCCUUCAGCUGCUGCUCACUGGCCUGGCUGGACACACUGUGGGCUGCUGGGGUGGGUGUGCUGGACCAGGAUGAAGCCCUCUGCACCUACCAGGAUGAGAGCAGGAACUUCUCAGCCAAGAUAGCCAGCAGCCCUCGGUGGCUUUGUCCACACCCCAAGGACAUGGGCUCGCUGGCUCUGCUCGUGGUCCUGAUGAGCCUUUUCUUUCUCAGCUGCGGGGCUUGCUGCCUUAUGAAGAAAGGGCAGAAGUCACCAGGGUUUGUAGGACUCCAGAGCAACAGCAUGGGGGUCUGCCCCCAGCAUCCCAAACGAGAGGAGCCAGGCGAGGCAAAGCCAGCAGACAGUGUCACCAAAGUGUAGCCCAGCCCUGAGGAGCAGGAACCGUUGCAGUGGGUCAGAACUCUAAUUGUUAUUGAUAAUAGUAAUAACAUUAUUGUAUUUUAGGUCUCGUUCCCUCCCCGGUUUUGUAAACCAAAUAAAGGGAGUGUGAUUGGUGCUGAGCAGAGGUAGUUUCUGGGCCACCUCUCCUUGGGAAGGAAGGUACCCCCACCUGCUCUGUUCCCUGCAGGAAAUAAAACACACUACAAGCAAUUGUGGGUGAGUUUUCUGCCCUGACAUCCUACACUGUCAUCAUCCAUGACAAGAAACCAGAGCCUGAGCUGGUUGGUUUCAUCUGCCCGCUCCGAACCCAGCACACUCUGCUUGUGGAAACCGAAUUGUCCCCAUUGGUGCCACCUGAGUCUUUUACAGCUCUCCCAGCAGUCACUAUUUGGCUUUUAAGUAGGUUUAAAUAGCUUGGCUAAAUACUUGCUCCUGCUCCCAAAAGCAUUCCCCAGCCCAGCUGUGAAGAAUGGGCAGUGGUAGGGAAUGGUGUAGUGGUGGGUCCACAUGCCAGUGUGUGAAGGGGGUUUCUGCAGGAUCCUACACAUCUCUCUUGUGCCUUUGGCUGUCACUUGAACAGUGCUGUGGCAUUGGCAGGGCUUAAUAUUACCCCAGGCACUGCUGUGGGUGCCAGAAGGAAAUCUGCCCUGUCCUCACCCAUUGAGGUAGUGAGGAGAGAAAACCAGUCCUGGGGUUGAUGCUGGGGCACUGGCUCUUCAAGGGGGGUGCAGGAUGUGCCCAUCCUCAGUGACUGGACUCCCGAGCCAGCAGUGGCAGCUCAGUCCCAAUCACAGCGGUAAGCGCUGGCAGAGCCAUGGUCCUUGGUGCAUCUGGCACCCUCUAAGCAUCUCAUCCACAUAUUGAUA